AUUUCCCAAAUGUGGUAUGCAUGGUCGACUUGGCAAUUAAUUAUUCAUAAGAAAUGCAGCGGGAAUUUUGUUUGUUUUACCAAAAUUAAAGGGACGACAUGGACUCAAGAACUAGUUUGGAUGGUGGCCAACAAUUGCAACGUAGAAGUCGCCCGGAGAAAUCCAUUGUUUAUCCGUUCUCCAUAUCUCGAAGCGUCUCGCAUAGCCUCAUUGCAGAGUGCUCCGCCGGAAGUGCAUGUGAUGGUGCCCAAAGUGAACGUCAUCGAGCGGAUUCCGUCGCCUCGGGUCAUCAAGAGCCACUUGCCAUUUAGCCUUCUACAUCCCCAACUUCUUGACAUCUCAAAAGUCAUUUACGUCGUGCGGAACCCUAAGGACGUGAUUGUUUCCUACUUUCAUCACCACAAACUGUUCAAUAGGCAUGGCUUCCUUGGAGAUGUGGAACUUUUCGCCCAGUAUUUCAUGAACGAUGAAGGUACUAAAACUAAACUUAUAACUAAAACUCAGCUAUUAUUUUAUAUACACUUGACAGUUUAUUACUCGCCGUACUUCCCUCACGUUCUGGACGCUUGGUCUAAACGCAAUCAUCCCAAUAUGCUUUUCCUGUUCUACGAAGAUCUAAGAAAGGAUUUGCGCGAGCGAGUGAUACAAAUAGCCAAAUUUCUCAAGAAACAACUGACGGAGAAACAGCUAGUGGAUGUAUGUCAACAUCUGGACCUGGAAACUUUCGCCAACAACGAAUGUAUCAACUACGAAAAAAUGGCUAAAAUUAUCGGCCUAUUGGAGAAACCUGAGCAACGAUCUCUGCAUUGUAACAAACCGGAAGAUUUGGAGAACGUCUUUAGUCCGGAAAUGAAUCGUCGCAUUGAAGAAUGGAUCGACAAAAACCUGGAGGGCACCGAUUUCCACUUUGCAUAAUCAGUGAAUUAUUCAAGGAAUUAUUGUAACUGGAGCCACCCAUUCCAAGUAACUGACAGAUUUAUCACGUCCAAAGUGUACGUCUGUAAAAAUAUAAGC